AUGGCAAUUAGAGUGGCCAGAUUUUUGCGGUUCGUGUCGCUGUUACGGCUGGAGCCGUAUAUCGUAUUAUUUACGGCAUUUUACUUUGUAAAACGAAACGCGUUGGAUGUGCUCAUACAGGACAAGAUCUGUGUCCAUAAAUACAACAUGCCUGAAGACUUUUGCUACCACUUGGCCUCUAUCAAGAAAAACGACACCAACGCCCACAUCAAGACCGAUAUACUGGCCGACGCUGUCAUGUAUAACACGUACCAACAGUUGCUGACACAACCGUUAAGUAUAAUCUGGUCACUCUUUUUGGGCACGUGGGUCGACAAGUAUCCCAAGGGUCGCAAAUGGAUCUUCAUUAUCGCGGCGGUCACUCAGGCCAUGGAGGCGGCCAUUAACGCCUGCAACUCCUACUUUUUUAGCCUAAAUGUAAACUGGGUGUUGUUAGCACUUGUGCCAUACAUACUAUCGGGCGCCUCCACGUUCACCACGAUGUACUCUUAUGUGGGGGCGACCACACCAUCUAAAUGGAAAACCACCAGGAUGACUAUAUUGGAAAUGUGUCAGGCACUGGCUCAACCGUUGGGCGUUUUUGUCGGUGGUCAAAUGAUCAACUUGACCCCGGUGCUCGGCAAUGGACAAGUGCAUAAUUACGGGCUCAUAUUUUUUGUGUCCAGUUGCGGUAUGAUUGGGGCGUUUCUAUGGACGGCCUUUUUCAUCGAUCAGCAACAAAAUAAGCAAAAUUUUGAGAAAUAUUUUGGCGAUAAUAACGUGGAAAACAAACCGGAAAUUUCCCCGAAAAGUGUGGAAAUUCCCGGCGAAAAGUCUGAUGAAAAUUCCGGUGCAAUAAUAAACGACGAAACGGUUGACCUGCCGGUCGCCGAUCGGGCGAAACAUCCCAUAAGGUUACUGUUGGACUACAAAAACAUCGUGGUGAUUAUCAUGUCGUGUUUUAAGCGCCGUCACAAUAGGGCCACCACCAAGAUAUGGCUCGUGAUAAUAGCCAACUUUUGCCUGUACAUGAUACGUACGGGCAAUUCCACCUUUUUGUUUCAAUUUGUCGAAAAGAUAUACCACUGGGACGCCAAAGAGUAUUCACAGUUCCAGUCCAUGUCGCUCGCCAUCAACUCUAUCAGCGUUAUUUUAAUGACCUACGUGUUUAUCAAGAUUUUAAAACUGCAUGAUAUGUGGUUAGCGAUUAUUGGCUUCACCAGCGUAUUGCUACAGAAUCUGGUGCUGGCCAUCAUAUUGAAUCCCACGGGGUAUUACAUAUCGAUGGGCGUGAACUGUAUGAACAGUUUGGGUUCAAUCGGCUACAAGAGCUACCUGUCAAAAGUGACGGAGCCGUCGGCGUUGGGCAAAGUGUUUACAAUGAUGUCGUUUGUCGAUGGAUUCGCGCCGAUGAUAGCCUCACCACUGUUUGCCCUAAUGUUUAGAAAGACUAUUGAUAGCGCACCUAGCACAUGCUUUGCGAUCGUGGCAACCCUCGCGGCCAUACCCAUAGUAAUAGCUCUAGGUAUUAAUUAUUUAAGCAAAGUGCCCACCGGCGCAAAUCCAACUGAGCCGGCUAUUAUUGAGCAAAAUGUUGAACCCGUGCCUACCCUUCACACCAAUGGCAAGUUGUCUGGAGAUAAUUAUAAUGGAGUCCGAAAUAUUAAUAGUAUUAGCAGUUUAAAAAGUAAUCAGGAUUAG